ACAACGGCAGAGGCGGCGGACACUCAAUAUGGCUUCCGUACGAUUGGUCUCCGGUCGCUCGUCCGUUCCGUAAAAGUAAAAUAAAUUUUUUUUUUUAAAUAAAAAUUUUUAACGAAAUAUUAGUACUUGUUAUUUAAAAAAAAUAAUUUAUUAUACCUAUAAUAUUUCGCGUGAUCGUCAGUGGGGCCGCCGCCCUUGAGUGUAACAUAUUUUUAUUUCAUGUAAAUCGUUUUGUGCUUGUGCGCUAAAAUCUGUGGCCGUAUCGUAAAAGUGUGUUUGGUGUGUGUGUGUGUGUAUAAUAAUUAUAUGCACUCGUCCGAUUCUAUAAAUUAUUAUAGUUAAUGCUGGUGUUGUGCUCCGAGUGAUUAGUGUCGGCAGUGGUUGCUGUCGUGUACGACGCGGUGCGUACGACUAGUGAAAAUAUUAUAUAAUUGAUGUGUAGAUCGUUGUGGCUUUAUAGAGUUAAGAGUCGUCGAGUGUCGGUGGUGUAAAUCCGUCGUCGGCGUCUUUGUGUGCGAUAUCCAUUAUGUCGUCUUUCUGAAUCGCUUCGGAGAGACCGAAUCGCCGCCGCUGCUGCUGUCGUCAUCAUCGUCAUCACCAUGAAUUACCGUCCGAAACCCAAUCCUUUCGAUGGCUUGAGGAACUCUCCAUCUUCGCACAACCGUGGAGGACUCAGCUACAUGACUACAAUGGAACGGGAAAAACAACGUGAGAAAGAAAGGCAGUCCAGACAGCAACAAGUUUCCGAGAACAAUGUCAAAGACAAGAAAGAACUAUUCGGCUCUCCAGUAAAGGUGGACGACGCAAACGACGAUGAACAGAGCCAGCUGAUCCAGAGUCAGUUGGGUUCGUUCGACGACGCCAAACCGUACUUGGACCUGGUGUUCAGCUGCGGAAUCACCGGCAUGCCGCCGAGUCCCGCUCCACCGCCGCCGCCGUCAUCGUCGCUGUCCGUCGCCGGUAUGAUGCAACACCACCACUCGUCGACAUCGUCGUAUCCCUCCUCGUCGUCUGCAGCCAUCUCCUCCGCAGCAUCGGCAAAGUCACACCAUCACGCCGCCACCGCCGCUGCCGCCGUGAUCGGCCAACAACAGUCGUCGUCCAGGAGAUCCGUGUCGCCCGCGUCCGGCGGUGGAUCCGUGGCACCCGCAGUCACGGCGUCCUUUAAGAAACCGACCGUCACGUCGCACGCCAUGGCUAGAUCGUCGUCAUCCGGGGGCGGCGGCGGCUCCUCUUCGUCGGCGCACUUUCAGCCACCCGCCAACCCACCCAGGAGCAGUAACUUUUUGAAACCUGGUGAAAUGAAGCCACCUUACUCGUCGAUGAGUCGAUCGACGAGCAGCAACAUGAGGAGUAGCCAUUCUUCGCACCACAGGCCAACACACAAGCCCAACCUUGCCAUAUCAAAUGUAAAGAAUAGUCAUAGUUCAAACGAUACCAGCACGCCCAGCACGAUCGAAGACAUCCUAAACGAAAUGACCGUAGGUCUUCCGCUUGUGUCGGACAUCGCAGAAACUCCGAGGGUCUCGAUCGUCGACUCCAAGUACACCGCAGAUGGAAAGGUGGAACCGCAGCAAAGGAUGAGUCCCAAAGACGCGUCCGAGAGCCUGAAAAAAAUGCUCGGCGAACCCAAACAACUGUUUGCGGAUCCCGUGCACAGAAAUCCACAGCCAUCGUCGCACGGCGUCUCGCCGGACGCCGCUGCUUCCGUCUCGGCUGCAGCAGCAGCAGCCGCCGCGGCCGUGCCCAUGGACGCCAAACCGUCGGGGCCGUACAACCACUCGCUGUUCGCAUCGUACAUGGUUAAACCGUCGGUCAGAGGGUCUAACAUAAUAUCACAACCUCAGCAGACGCAACUGAUGCAGGAAUCACAGCAGUUGUCGUUAUCUCCACCCACUGACAAGAUCCGCCGGAGUUCCACGUCGACCAACGUCAUAUCGUCUGACACAACCAACUACAGUUCCACAAAGGCCGACAAGACCAGUAGUGACAUGUCCGUGGAUGAGGACAGCUCGUCCAGUGAAGAAGGCGAGAAGGACAGUAGUUCGGAUAGCAGCUGUAGCGACAGUGAGAGUAACGACGAGAAGAAGGACACCGUCCCACCGGCGGCCGUUUCACCGCCCCCGCAAGAGGAACAGGAAGAAGAGCCCAAGUGGUAUCUGAAAAACUUUUUGAAAAAGAGCACGCCCGACACGAACAACACGACCAGGACGUCACAACAGGAGGAACCUGUUGGAUUGGGUGAUCCUAAAUCUAGUCCAAGCUUUCCUACGCAGCGAUCUGAGGUUGUUGAAUUAUUAUCAGAGAUGUCAGACUCAGACUCUAACCAUAGUGAUAAACAAAAAAGCCAAUCUGAUUCAUCAUCUUCUUCAUCUUCAUCAUCCUCAUCAUCCGAAGAUGAAGACGAUAAGAAGAAAAAACCUCGAGACACUAGCAGUGAUUCGUCCUAUAGUAGCCGUUCGCAUGCAUCAUCUAAACCAAUAACAGACUUACACAAGAAAUACUCAGCAUUAGUAAAGUGCGAGAAAAAAGAUCUCAAGAAAUCAUUAGUUAAACCUGCUAAAUUAGUAGAAAGGAAAUCAACACCAGUGUUGGUAAAAAAAGAGGAACCAGUUGAAGAACCAGUUGCAAAAAAAAGAGGUCGAAAGAAGGGUUCAACAAAAACUCCUAAACCUCUUCUGCCAUCAAAAAUCAAGUCAAAACCUUUGGUUUCAUCAGAUACAGAGGAUGAUGAACCACCUAAACCAGUAAAGAUAAGUGGAAAACCAAGGGGUCGACCACCAGGUAGUAAAAAUUCAAAAGUGGUAUCAGCUAGCAGCGAAUCAGAAGAAUGGACUGAUAGUAGCCGAAAGAGUCGAAAGAAAGAUUCUGAAAAGAAGUCUUCACAUUCAGUAAAGAAAACACCGUCCUGGGAAAAAAACCAACCUCAAAAACCUGUAGCUCGAGUUAGUGCUGCUUUACGUCCACCACGUUCAAUUUCGAGCAGUGCAGAUUCAGACUCCUCUGAUGUAGAAUGUAGGCCACCACCCAUGUCGACAGCAACUGAAAGUCCACCCAAACUUGAUGUAGAGGGAAUUAAAGUGCAAGAUAAGAAGAAGAAUGAUACUUUAAGGAAACUGUUUAUAACACGACGUGAAGAUGGUGGAGCCAAGAGUGGUGGAAAAUCCAAAGGGGGCAAAGGUGGCAAAGGUGGAGUUAUCAUAAUUGAUAACAAUGAAGCAAUGCGCAAUGACAACGAACGUGUUAUAUCUCCUGUACCAGUCAUUCCACUCAUGCCUAAAGAACCUGAAGGCCUAAAGACUUUAAAAUUAUCUGUGAUGUGUAAAAUACCUUUAAGUAAAUUGCCACCUAAUUUAAAUUACUUGGUAAAACCAGCAAGAUCUGAAGAGCUGAGAACCUGUGCUGAUUUGGCAAAUACAAGGCAAGAUGAAAAAAAACAAAAGCAUAGGCAUCAUAAGCAUCAUCACAAAGGCAGUCCAUCACAAGCCAUUUCAGGAUCAGAAAAAUCUAAAUCCAACGAAUCUCCAGCGAAUACUGCUCCGCCUGCUCAGCCUCUUCUCCAACAGCCUUCUUCUGAUGGCUAUUCCAAAGGCAUGAUGGACAAUGUUAAUGUAUGGCGUAAGCCAACAUCUGUAUGUGCAGUAAUACCAGAAGCAAAAGUUAAACCCCUUGAGCAUAGUACUAUGUCAUACUUGCAACGCCCAGCUGCCACCAGUGGUCUGAUUCAUGGCCCUUACGAAGAAUCAUCCGAAGACGAAGAUGGUGGACCACCUCCUUUCCUUCCAUAUAGUACCACCUCUGUUCAAAUAAUGGACCCUCGGUAUAAACGUUCAUUGGAACUAGAUCAAUACUCUCCUAAUGCUUCAAAAAGACGAAAAUUUCACAAUCCAACUGGUUCAGCAACACUAGGAAGAUAUGCUACAGGAAUAGGCGAUGGAUUAAUAAAUGAUAUCUUGGUGGAUCGCAUGCAUGAAGUUCCUGUACAACCUCCUCCCAGACAACCAUCAUGGCGCAUGCAAUCCAUGCACCACCAGUAUCCUCCAAGGAAAAGAUUCUUCUCAUACUUUGUAACUGACUUGUACCCUGAAAACAAUAUGCACCAAGAGGUCCCGUUGAAGGAGGCACAAGCAUUAACCAAAUUAGCAGAGUACGAGCCUGAUCCUAUUACUCAAGAAAUGAAAUACUUGGACGGUAUUCUGUGUUUUGUACUUAGUGGGCAUUUGAUGGAGAAUGAUGGGACUAGGGAAAGAGCAGUGCUCAAAAUUUAUAAUGACACUGUUGACUUAAUUAAAGUUAUUUGGUCAAAAAUCUAUAACUACCGUGCAGACUGUGAUCAUGAAGAGCUAGACGAAAUAUUUGAAAUGGCUGAUAACCCAGAAAGGGAUAAUAGGCUAUUAAUACUUUGGAUGAGGUGUCUUAGCUUCCUGCGAUUGAAAUUAUUCAAACUUCUUGUAUACCAAAAUAGACAAAAUUUUAAGACUGUUCAGCAACAUUUUCUGAAGAAUGUGGGUUCAAGUCCCAUUUCACCAUCUCCAUCACCAGCCAGUUCUGUGGAAAGUCACUCAUCAGGAUACUGUAGUAGUAGCAUCACGCCCAGUGGUGGAGCUGCAUCGUCUGGAGCUGCAACAGGUGUGAUCGGCGUUCCAAUUGUUGUGCACAAUGCUAUUCAUUCGCAGCACAUUUUGUAUUGUCAUUUGGCAGCAGCACAUGAAAUGUGGCAACGUGCUGACCUUUUAGUUAUGCGCGGGAAACAUACACAAUUCUUUGUUGAGAUGGACCGACAUUGUGGACCGCUCACACUACAUAGUACCGGCCAUGAUCUCACCCUGUAUGCUCGCAUUGCAAUUUCCCGCAUGAGAUGUGAGUUUAACAUAAAAAAUUACCUUCCAUGAUAUUAGAUGAACACCUCGGAAGCUAAGUCAUUACACACAUAAAAAAAAAGUACAGACCAUACUGUCUUGUCACAUUUCGUCAUCAUCUUGGGCUUCAUUGUAACGAGGAAUUUCAUUUCUGUUUCAUGCAAAUUGUAUAUAACUACUUAAUGUAGGUUAUAACAUUAUAAUAUAUAUCCUGUAUAUAACUCAUGUACAGCUACUUCUAAUUCUCUUCAGUAUAUUCUGUGUAUUUUUUUUUUUUAAAAUAAUUUUAACUUUGAAAGAUAAAUUGUUAUAUUUUGACACAAAAUACUAGAAAAAAAAAGAAAAAAAAGUUAUAUUAAUAUAUAUUUAUAAUAAACAAAUUAUAUAUAUGUAAAUCAUAAAUGUAAAAUAUUAAUUAAAAUUUGGUUCUGAGCAAGACUCUUACAUAACAGUCUUAAAAGCAAAUUUUGGUUUGGGUAUUUAACAUGGGAUUUUAAAUAUACGAUUAUUAUUAUUAUUUUAUGUACUACGUAUAUAUUCAUUAUUAAUCUUGUAAUCUUAAUCUUUUGAUGACAUUAAGUUACAUAUUAUUUUAACCUUACAACUUAUAAAAAAUACCAAAAAAAUUUAAUUAAAUACUUAACAGUAUAUCUUAUAAUUUUAAAAUUUAAUAUAUCUAUAUAUUAUAUAUUUUUUUAACAAGUUAUAAACAUCUGAUUAAUUAUGUUGUAGAGUAAACAACAAUUUUUAAUAAUUUGUUUUGCAAUGUAAAACAAAAAAAAUGUAUAAAAAAAGAGUUGUGUAAUUAAAAUAAAACAAUAUGUAUAUGUAUUGUAUAAUGUAUAUAUAUAUAAUAUACAUGUAUAUUAUUUAUAUAUAUUUUAAUAUGUAUAUGUGGGAAUUCAUUCCUCGCUUAGUUAAAUUUACCUGAUUGUUGUGUCCGAGAUGCUGUUCUAACACUCGGUCAAACAAUCUAAAUAAUAAAAGAAAUAAUAAUUUUUUUUGUUAAUCUUAAGAGUUACCUUUGUGUGGAGUAAAGUAUGUAUGUAGUAACCAAAUGUGUACAAACGACACCAACGUUUAAUUAUUAUUGAAAAAUUUUUUGUUUUGAAUUUCUGGAUGAAAGGCUCAGUUUAGAGCAUCGGUGGGGUUGAUCAAUUGUGUUGUCAAGUUUUGUCUUUUGAACGCACUAGGUUGUGCAAAAGAUAAAGUGAUGAAUAAUAUUUUUUCUUCUAUGAUAUUUAAUAUUACUCUAUAUUAUUAUAAAAUUAUAAAUGUGUAUAAAUACUAAUUUUUCACUCUUCCCAAUCAAUUUUUUUCUAAAAACUAUCUUAGAAUGAGCUUUGUGAGUUAUUAUCGAUUAUUAUUAUAAUAUAUACAAUAUAAUUGCAAAAACUUAUAUUAUGUUUAAUAUACACAAUACAUAUAUAUUUUAUAAACUUUUCAGUGCUUACAUAACUAGUAGUGUUAUAUUUGUAUUAUGUAUCUACAUGUGGUCUGGAGAUAUUUUUGUUUGUCAUUUUGCCAACAAUUUCUCUGACCCGUGAAAGUGACCAACAAAUUUGUUAAUCGCCUUAUGUUGUUUUAAACAACGAUUUAGUAAGACUUAUAUUAAUGCCACAAGUUAAAAUUUAUUUCAUUUACAUGGUUAAUAAUUACAUUUUAAUUAUAGUCUUAUCAUUAGACUGUGACAUUUUUUUUAGACAAUUUGUGUAUAAAAGAUACAAAAAAAUUAUAAACAAAACCAAAGUCUGAGUUAUAUUGCCUUAAAAUGUAAUCGAUAUAUAUAUAUAUAUAUAUACUAUAUUAUGGUAUUCAAAAUGAAAUAUAUUUAGUGAUGUUUACAUUUAGAUUUAAAAUAAAUAAAUAAUAAAAAUACUCAUCCCCUACCUAUUCACCCAAAAAGAUUCUAAACAAAAAAUGUAGUCCCAUUUUACUUUCUUUGUUGUUUUGUUAGUGUUUAAUUUAUUAUUUUUUUUUUCGUUAUAUUAUAAUAUAUAUACAAACAGAUAAACAUUACCAAUUUCCACAUGUUUUAGUUUGUAAUAUUAUAUCAUUAUUAUUAUUAUUAUUAUUAUUAUUAUUAUUAUUAUUAUUAUUAUUAUACUUUUUUUUUUAUUUUAAUAAUUCCGUCACGCACACAAAAUGAUUAGUUGAAUUAUUGUGUUAUUAAAAAAUAAUUUUAGUCCGAACAGUAUUUUAAUUUUUUUCUCGUGCGAUUUUAAAUGCAAUAAUGUUAUUACUUAUUACUAUACUAUACUAUACUACUAUUAUUAUUAUUAUUAUUAUUAUUAUCAUUAUUAUUAUUAGAUAUUGUAAACCCUGUCCGCCUGGCACAGCCGGCGCUCACGGGUCGAUCCCGUUACCUUAAUUUUUUUUCCUCCGUAUCCGCCUCCUUCCCGUUUACGUUACCCCAAAUACGGUUAACUAUAAUAAUUGUGAAGAAAAAAAGAUUGUUAAUAAAAACUAAAAAAAACUGCAA